GGCCUCGGAGCCAGUCUGGGACAGCCUUGCCCUCGAGCAAAAUGGCGGCCCUCUGGCUUCGAUGCCAGGACAGAGAGCGAAGGAGGAAGUGGGCGACUUCCGGAAGAGCCGGGGCGGAACUCCUGGGCCCGCCUACUUGUUUACUUCGUGGUGAGCGCAAUGACACUGCGUCUGCGCACACUCUGCUUUGGAAUUAGACAACCUGACGGCCCAGCCAAUCUGUUUCGUAAAGAUGGUCUCACCCACUCCUGCUCUAGACUGAGUAAGGGCGCUACCAACCGCUGCUGGAGGAGGGGUGGACAGUGUCCUUUCCGGAUGUGACAACACGCGUACCCGGAAAAGGAGGAGGCCGGGACGGGGGUCUAGACGGCGGCUAUGGAGGCAUCCGGCUACAGGGUGGUGUUCGAGAAGGGAGGCGUGUACCUGCACACCAGCGCCAAGAAGCACCAGGACCCGGACUCGCUCAUCGCAGGCGUCAUCCGGGUGGUGGAGAAGGACAACGACGUGUUCCUGCACUGGGCUCCUGUGGAGGAGGCCGGAGAUUGCACCCAGAUCCUCUUCUCCAAGAAGGACACCAGUGGGGGUGAUUCCUGCACCUCGGAGGAGGAGCCGACCUUCGACCCUGGCUAUGAACCCGACUGGGCCGUCAUUAGCACGGUGCGGCCACGACCCCGUCCUUCAGAGCCCCUGAGAGGGACAGAGCCCGGCUCCACUCUGGGCUCCUGGGCCUUCUCCGUCAGCCUGGGGGAGCUCAAGUCCAUCCGUCGUUCCAAGCCGGGCCUCAGCUGGGCCUACCUGGUGCUGGUGACGCAGGCCGGGGGCUCCCUGCCUGCCCUGCACUUCCACCGUGGGGGCACCCGUGCCCUGCUCCGCGUCCUCAACCGCUACCUGCUCUUGGCCAGCUCCCCGCAGGACUCCCGCCUUUACCUGGUCUUCCCGCACGACUCCUCAGCCCUCUCCAGCUCUUUCCACCACCUGCAGCUCUUCGAUCAGGACAACUCCAGCGUGGUGUCCCGCUUCUUCCAGGACCCCUACUCGACCACCUUCAGCAGUUUCUCCCGAGUGACCAACUUCUUCCGGGGUGCCCUGCAGCCACACCCCGAGGGGGCCUCCUCGCCAGACCUGCCCCUGCCCCCUGAGGAUGAGCCUGAGCCCGGCUUCGAGGUCAUCUCCUGUGUAGAAUUGGGGCCGCGGCCGGCCGUGGAGCGGGCCCUGCCGGUCACCGAGGAGGAGUGGGCCCGCCAUGUGGGUCCUGAAGGCCGCCUGCAGCAGGUGCCUGAGCUGAAGCAGCGCAUCUUUUCUGGGGGUCUGAGUCCCGGCGUGCGGCGUGAUGCCUGGAAGUUUCUCCUGGGCUACUUCAGCUGGGAGGGCUCAGCCGAGGAGCACAAGGCCCGUGUGCGCCAGAAGACGGACGAGUAUUUCCGCAUGAAGCUGCAGUGGAAGUCGGUGAGCCCCGAGCAGGAGCGCCGGAACUCGCUGCUGCACGGCUACCGCAGCCUCAUCGAGAGAGAUGUGAGUCGCACCGACAGAACCAACAAAUUCUACGAGGGUCCCGAGAACCCGGGGCUGGGCCUGCUCAACGACAUCCUGCUCACCUACUGCAUGUACCACUUCGACCUGGGCUACGUCCAGGGCAUGAGCGACCUCCUCUCCCCGAUCCUCUAUGUGGUGCAGAAUGAGGUGGAUGCCUUCUGGUGUUUCUGUGGCUUCAUGGAGCUGGUGCAGGGGAACUUCGAAGAGAGUCAGGAGACCAUGAAGCGGCAACUCGGGCAACUCCUGCUGCUCCUGAGGGUGCUGGACCCGCCGCUCUGUGACUUCCUGGACUCGCAGGACUCCGGCUCUCUCUGCUUCUGCUUCCGGUGGCUGCUCAUCUGGUUCAAGCGUGAAUUCCCCUUCCCGGAUGUCCUUCGGCUGUGGGAGGUACUGUGGACAGGGCUUCCUGGCCCCAACCUCCACCUGCUGGUGGCCUGUGCCAUCCUGGACAUGGAGCGGGACACCCUCACGCUCUCCGGGUUCGGCUCCAAUGAGAUCCUCAAGCACAUCAAUGAGCUGACCAUGAAGCUGAGCGUCGAGGACGUGCUGACGCGGGCUGAGAGCCUCUACCGGCAGCUGACGGCCUGCAGGGAGCUGCCCCACAACGUCCAGGAGGUGCUGGGCAUGGCACCGCCCGCGGAGCCACGCAGCCCCUCGCCCUCCGCCUGCCCGCUGCCGCUGUCGCCCAUGCGGGCCCCACCUGCCCCGCCGCAGCCGCCACCUCCCGUGGACCCAUCCCCGCAGCCUGACAGCAGCCUGGAGAUUCUGCCUGAGGACGACGAGGACGCAGCGGGCUCCUCAGCCUGCUAGGCCAACUUCUGGCCCUGCACAAGCACUUUAUCCCAUCGGCGCUACCUGGGUCCUGCGGCGUCAUCCACCUGAUACCUGCCAGGCUCAGCAGGCCAGAUGCUGGGCCCGGAACCAGCUGGGGCGGAACAGGGGAAACUGAACCAAAGCUGACCACAUGACCCUGGCCCGGCCAGUGGGCCGCCAGGGGAGGUCCUUCACUAGCAGAUGUGGGUGCCCUGGACCCCGUUGUACACCUUCAUUAAGAGGUGUGAAAAAAAAAAGGUGUGG